CUGACACCGCUGAGGUAAAGUGCCGAAAUGACACAUUCCUAGUCCAUCUACUCAAGUUUGAGAGUAAUGUCGUCGAUGUUGUGACGUGUAAUAUAUUUUUAUAAAAACUUUAAUUCUUCGUGAAUCGAUUAUACAGAUUCCGAUCUUUGCGACUAAUAGUUUAGAAAUUUAUUUUAGGGAGUUACGAUGAUGCACGACGAAGAUUUGGACGGCCCGUCCAGGCUGAAUGUCGUUAGUCAAACGAUAUUUAGAAUGUCACAGAUUUACCAGAGUUGGCAGGAUCGUUGGGCGCCACACGUUGUAUGGCGAUGGGUAUUCGCCGUAACUUUAUUAUUGUUAUUCCUCCUACGUAUUCUCUUAGUACAGGGCUGGUACAUCAUCACAUACGGAUUGGGGAUUUAUCAUCUUAAUUUAUUUAUUGCAUUUCUCACACCAAAAAUAGAUCCUGCAAUGGAUUUUGACGAUGCGGAUGGUCCAGAGUUACCAACGAAGUCCAAUGAAGAAUUUAGGCCAUUUAUAAGGCGGUUGCCAGAAUUCAAAUUCUGGCAUGCUGUGACUGUAUCGACAAUUAGCGCGACUGCGAUGACUUUCUUCGAAAUGUUUAAUAUUCCAGUAUUUUGGCCAAUCCUUGUAAUGUAUUUCAUUACGCUCUUCUGCAUCACCAUGAAGCGGCAAAUAAAGCACAUGCUUAAAUACCGGUAUUUGCCGUUCACGCACGGAAAGCCAAGGUACCAGAGUCACCAAGAAGAAGCUACAAGGUUGAUGAAGUGAAAAGAGUUCGGCGUUGUGAUCGAGAGAGAGUUGUGUUUUUCAAUGCAAAUGCGUAAAUGUGCGUAGAUUUAAAUUAAUUUCUUGUCCUAUUAGUCUCCCAGGAAUAUUGAGUGUGAACGUGAGAGAAAGUGCGGGUGAGAGAGAAAACAAUGGAGAGAGAGAGAGAGAGAGUAUUUCUUCGGAGAAAGACAAUUUCUGAAUCAGCAUACUGUGUAAACUGAAUCGUCUUAAUAUAUUUGUAUCAUAAAACUUGUACAAAGUAUUGUUAGGUCUGACACAUGAACGUGGAUACGGUAACAAUAUUGAUGAAAUUAUGAAAUACAGUUGUUAAUUGUAAACGUUCAAUUACCAUAAAGAGACGCUGUUUCGUAAAAUAAUCAAA